UGAAAAUUUGAAAAAAACGUAUAAUUUCCCUGGUGCGAUUAGGAAAGCUAUUUCCCAGAAUAUCCGGGCAUAAGACACUUCUUCUGAAAGUUUAAGAUCGAAGUUUGGUGCUUCUGGUGCUGCUUGAAGAUGACAGAUGCGAACGCUUUGCUGGCUCUCAAUUUGAAAAACACUUUAUCGUUUGAAACGAACGUUCGGAAACAAGCUGAGAAGUAUCUUGAGACAGUGGAAGGAAGCAGUGGUUACAAUGUUCUACUAUUGGGCAUUGUGAAUAAUAAUAAUGAGGGUGAAUUGAUAAGAGUGGCUGCUGCUAUUGCGUUCAAGAACAGUGUGAAGCGAAACUGGAGAAUUAUUCCUGAUGAACCAAACAAGAUUAACGAUGCUGACAGGGAAACAAUCAAGAGAGAAAUUGUUGAUUUGAUGCUUAGAAGUCCUGAAAAGCUCCAGAAGCAGCUCAGUGAUGCAGUCAGUGUGAUCGGCAGAGAGGAUUUCCCACAAAAGUGGACAAAUCUGUUACCAGAGCUUGUGGCCAAAUUCAAACAAGGCGAUUUUCACCAAAUCAAUGGAGUUCUACAGACUGCUCAUUCACUAUUUAAAAGAUAUCGUCAUGAAUUCAAGUCCCAAGAACUAUGGACUGAGAUUAAGUUUGUGUUAGAAAGGUUUGCAGAGCCAUUGACAAAUCUCUUUGAGGCCAUAAUGGAAGAAGCAAACAGAUGUGGAGGUGACCCAGCUAAACUAAAGGAUAUUCUCAGCUCUAUCUUGCUUAUUUGCAAAGUGUUCUACAGCUUAAAUUUCCAGGACUUGCCUGAACACUUUGAGGAAAACAUGGAAAAGUGGAUGAAAAACUUUCUCAUUCUUCUAACAACAGACAGCAAACAGCUGCAAGUUGAGGAAACGGAAGAAGCUGGUCCAUUAGAUCUAAUUAAGUCACAAAUCUGUGACAAUGUAGCCUUGUAUGCUCAAAAAUAUGAUGAAGAUUUUGAGAACUACUUGCCAAAGUUUGUGGAAGCUAUUUGGAACCUGCUUGUGAACACAGAGAAAAUAGCAAAACAUGAUAUUGUUAUUAGCAAUGCUAUUGGAUUCUUGGCAUCAGCAGCAGAGAGAAAUCAGUAUAAAUAUCUCUUUGAAAAACAAGAAACCUUGGAAAGUAUAUGUGCAAAUGUUGUUUUACCAAAUGUGGAAUUUAGAGAGGAAGAUGAAGAAGUGUUUGAAGACAAUCCUGAGGAGUACAUCAGAAGAGAUAUUGAGGGCUCAGAUGUGGACACCAGACGUCGUGCAGCCUCCGAUCUUGUGCGUGGAUUGUGCAAAUUCCAUGAGCAGCGUGUUAUAGAAAUAUUUUCUGGCCAUGUUGUGUCUAUGUUACAGCUUUAUCAAGCAGAGAGUGGCAACAACUGGAAAGCCAAAGAUGCUGCAAUCUUCCUUGUUACAUCACUUGCAAGCAAGAAACAGACUGCUAAGCAUGGGACAACACAAGCAAGUGAACUUGUGAAUUUGCAGAGCUUUUUCACUGAACAUAUUUUGCCAGAGCUACAGAUCAAAAAUGUUGAUGAUCAUCCAGUGCUGAAGGCUGACUCCAUCAAAUAUAUUAUUAUCUUCAGAAAUAUGCUUUCCCUUGAACUAAUUGUGGGAUGCCUGCCAUUCCUUGUGAAGCACCUAAAGGCUAAGAGCCAUGUUGUACAUAGUUAUGCUGCACACUGCCUGGAGAAGAUCUUUACACUCAAGAAUCCUCAAGGAAAAGCUUUAAUUGGUAAGGUUGAUGUGCAGCCACACUUAGAGGAGAUGUUAUCAAAUCUCUUUCAUUUGUUGAAAGUCCAAGGCUCACAGGAGAAUGAAUAUGUUAUGAAAGCAAUUAUGAGGUCAUUUUCCCUACUCCAGGAAGCCAUCUUACCUUAUUGUGCUGUGUUAAUUGCUGAUUUGGCAUCUAAACUGGCUCUGGUUAGCAAGAAUCCUAGCAAACCACAAUUUAAUCACUAUCUUUUUGAAGCCAUUUGCUGUGCUAUCAGAGUUAUAUGCAAAGCAGAUCCUUCAGCAGUGGCAGGAUUUGAGAAGAUGUUGUUUCCUGUGAUUCAAGAAAUUCUCACAAAUGAUGUCACAGAGUUUCUCCCAUAUGUGUUCCAAGUGUUGUCAUUGUUGCUGGAAAUUCGACAUGAAAUUCCAGAGCCUUACAUGGAGCUCUUUCCUCUUCUUCUCUCUACAGUUCUCUGGGAAAGAAAUGGAAACAUACCACCACUGGUGCGUUUGCUUCAAGCCUAUAUCGAAAAGGGAAGCAAAACUAUUGUGGAAACAAAGAAGGAGAUGGGCAUGCUAGGUGUUUUUCAAAAGCUUAUUGCCUCAAAGAGCAAUGAUCAUGAAGGAUUUUAUCUGAUAGGAAGUAUGGUGGAACAUUUUGAACCGUCUUCCUUGGCGCCCCACAUAAAGUCUGUUUUUCUCAUCCUCUUUCAAAGGUUACAGAGUUCAAAAACAACCAAAUUUGUCAAAGGUUUGCUGGUAUUUUUCUGUCUUUAUGCUUCUAAAAGUGGUGGAGAAGCACUGAUGAAUACCAUAGACUCCAUUCAGGAAGGACUUUUUGGGAACUUUGUUGAGAGAGUACUAAUUCCUGAUGUGCGCAAGGUAUCAGGGAGUACAGAAAAGCGGAUCUGUGCUGUUGGAAUAACCAAGCUUCUUACAGAUUGUCCUAAAUUUCUAGAAACUCACAGUCAUGUUUGGACCCCUUUGUUACAAGUUUUGAUUGAAUUCUUUGAAUUACCUGAAGAUGAUUCGAUCCCUGAUGAUGAGCACUUUAUAGAAAUUGAAGACACACCAGGUUAUCAGACAGCUUACUCCCAGCUGGCAUUUGCAGGAAAGAAGGAAAGAGAUCCAUUUUCUGGUAUGAUUCCUGAUGCCAAAGUUUUCCUUGCACAGUCACUACAGAAACUGUCAUCUACACACCCUGGAAAGAUAAACACCAAGAUCACAUCUGAGCUUCAUGCAGAUGCUCAAGGAUUCUUGCAGAAAUACCUUCAAGAAGCUGGUGUCAGCCUGGGAUGAACAAGAUCUCCUGUUAGUCUACCUUUAAUUUAAAGCCAAAAAGGAAAACACUACCGUCUAGCAAAGGUUUAAUUUAGAAUAUGAUUGUAGGAUGGCAAGAAACUGACUGAGAACUUCAUAUGUAACUGUAUACAGUUGGUUGUUGAGCUUAUUAGGUGAAAUUCAAAUGGUUGGUGUAAAGCUGAAGAUCUGGGAAAUAUUAUGUGAACCAAUAUUUUCAAGCUUAUAGGGGGCAAAGGGGUAAUUGGGCCUGAAAAGGAACAAGUACAAAUAACCCAAACAACUUUUGCCUAAAAUCACAAAAAAAAAAUCUCUAAAAAAACAUAGAACUAUCAAAUGAUGUCAAGAAAGACCUAAAUCCCCUGAGUAUAGCUUCUUAGUCAUCUAAUUAACUGUAAUAUAUAUAGAGACAAAUUGGUAAAAUACCACACACUGACUGUCCAAGAAAGAAAAAAUUGAUUUACAUGAUAUCAAUCUGUUAAAAGUUCUGUUUUUCUUAUAGAUUGUUUAGAUAUGGAUAUGUUAAGAAGUGACUAAAUUUUGGGACAGAAAGAUUGAAGUUACUUUGUACUACAGGCAGGCAGGCUUGUUAUAUCAGAAACCAUGAUUGGUUUAGUUACAGAUAACCCCAUGGUGACUGGUUUUUCAAUCAUUCCUGGGUUCCAUUUCAGUUCAGAGGGAUUAAGUGUGAAUACACAGCUGAUGUGCCAUAUGUGUAGCUAAGUCUCUGUCUUAUGAUGGAAGUUAGAGGCACAUAUAUUUGUAUGAUUUGCUGUUAUCAUUAAACAUGUAAUGUACAGCUAACAUAGAUAUUUGCGAUAAUAAAAAGCAGUUAUAACA